UCGCGUUUCGUGCGGCCAGUUUUAAAAAUAACCAAAAACACCCGACCGGUCGCCGCCACCGAUACAGUGGUAGCCACCGGCCGGGAACUGUUGCCGAUUUUCGACCGAUGGUCACAGCGAGCUGCACGAGAGCGAGCUCCCCGUGUGCGACCGCGUCGUGUCAACCAGCACGUCCGCCGCUUUUCAGAAACUACGUGAUUGACUAUCAAACUGACGUUUUGUCGAAACCUUGUAACCAUUUGUGUCUGGUUUUUCGCGAAAAAUGGUUUUGCACGUUCGUGUCGCUUGUACCCUCGCUUCCUUUCACCUUGUACCCGCGGUUUUUUUUUCAGACGACGCGACACGACUGCUGAAUGAUCCUUCCCCAACCUCGAUUCAGUUUCACGAAUUUUCAGUUUAUGCUCUCUUCAACUGUAUCAACUAUAUUGUUGGCUUACAUCAUGCCAAUUACAUAAUUCGAAUUUGUUAUUUACUGUACUUUACUUUAUCUGAAAUUUCUCCUGCUAUGGGCCAUGGUAAUUUUGGCAGACUUCAUUUUAGAAUUCCGAUUUGAAUUUUUGUGGCCGUUCUGGCUACUUCUUAGAAGCGUUUACGAUUCUUUUAAAUACCAAGGCUUGGCCUUCUCUGUAUUUUUUAUUUGUAUCGCUCUUACGUCAGAUAUGAUUUGUUUCUUUUUCAUACCAGUACAUUGGUUGUUUUUUGCUGCCAGCACUUAUGUUUGGGUACAAUAUGUUUGGCACACAGAUAAAGGUGUGUGCUUACCAACUGUGAUGUUAUGGUUACUAUUUCUAUACAUAGAAGCAGCGGUUCGAUUAAGAGAUUUGAGACACAUGCCCUUUCAUUUAGAUCUCUGUCGACCAUUUGCAGCGCACUGCAUUGGUUAUCCCGUAGUUACGUUAGGUUUUGGCUUUAAGAGCUACAUUGGCUACAGAAUGAGACAGAGAAAACAAAAAGAUGUAGCAAAAGAGAAUGAAUUCUACCUACAACUGUUGCAGCAAGCACUGCCUUUAGAGCAACAAACCUCUACUACGAUACAACCAAUACAAGUUCAAUCACAAACGCAUAUUACAACACUAGAACAACAUGUUAAAUCACAAAAUAAUAAAUUAAAUUCGCAGUGCAAUCCAAGUCCUGAGAAAAGUAGAGGUAGAAACAGUAAUAAUUCUGUAGAAACAGGUGUACAAAAUGGUAGUUUACAUAUAGGUACACAAAUUACAUCAACAAACCAAAAUGUAACGACAAAAAAUAAUCAUAGAAAGUCGUUGGAUAAAGGCGAAAAGCAAGAAGAGCAACACAAUAAACAUAAUGUAACGAAUGUAUCACAAUCCGACAAAAAUGAUAAAAGAUUUAUACAUACAAAUGGCAAUACUGUUAAUCACAGUGAUAUGCAGUUCAUCGAAAGAGUUGGAUCUGUGAAUGAUUUUGAUGCAAAUGAAGUAGAAAAAGACAAAUUUAUUAAGGGUGCAAAUUGUGGGCACACUGCAGUAAAAUCACAGACUAAUGGUUCUGUAGCAGGAAAAUGGAACAAUAUAAAAGAAAAUCGAGAAUCGUCAUCCACAGUCAAUACUCAACGUGAACGAAAAGCACGUCAGGUGAAAGCCACAGUUGAUAAUAUAACUGAACAACAAAAGCAGCAAGACGAAUAUUGUCAAAGGUUACUGAUGUGUCGCAGGCUCGAAGCUGACAUAAAACGCCUGAAAUCAGAUCUACAAUCCAGUCGACAACUGGAACAAGAACUUCGUUCCCAGAUUAAUUCCCUACAAAAUGGAGAACGUCAAGCUAAGGGUGAUAUACAACAACUUCAGCACGAUAAUGAUCAAUUACAAAGCAAGUUACACGGAUUAGUAACAGCUCGUCAAUUAGAUAAACAAACAAUGUCUUCGUUGGAAAAACGAAUCGCAGAAGAGCGGAAACAACGCACUGCUUGCGAAGCAUCUUUGGUUUCCGAGAGGCGAGCGCGACGAGCUGCUGAAGAAGCACGAUCUGCAAUUCCGCCUCCACCUCCGCCACUUAUUAGACAAGAAUGUACAGAUACUUGUAAAAGUCGUAGGACACAAAUGGAACAAGAUCUCAAAAAUUUGCGCCGAGAACUUAAAACGAAAGAAGAUAGGUGCAGCACAUUAGAAAAAGAUAUAACGCGUUGCAAGGAAAAUCACAAAGAGUCUGAAAUUUUACUCAGUGCACUGAAUGCGCUACAAGAUAAAACAGCGCAUUUAGAAGACAGCCUAAGUGCAGAAACGCGUAUAAAGCUCGAUUUAUUUUCUGCACUUGGAGAAGCCAAACGACAAUUAGAGAUCAGAGAAAGUUUAAUUAGAUCUCAAGAAAAGGAAAUUGAAAUGUUGAAAGCAAAAAUAGCCCAAGAUUUAGCUGUGAUGCCACAAGACACGUUUGGACCUGCGCCAACCUGUGCGACAUCUAAACUUCGGUUAAAUAAUGAAGUACGAGUUGCAGGUACAAAAAUACGUUCAAAUGAAAGUCCCUGUCCAGGGUGUACAGUAUCAAAUUUGGAUCCAAAUGCGACAGCAUAUACACCCAAAAAUUCCCUAAUAGCGUCUACUGAAGCUUGAAAAAAAGAGGGAAAAAAACAAUUUUUUGUCACAUUAUGGCUCCACAAAAAUUGGGUAUAUAUUUCAUAAACAUGUUUCAGUCUGUUUCUCGAUGGAAGUUUAAAUAUAAACUUAAGUUUUAUACGUGCAUAUACUUGCUUUGUUAAGAUCAAAGAUUUACAUUUAAAACAUAUAUAGAACGAAUGAAAUAUCAAAUCCUUUUUAAUACUUAUAGCGUAGAAUAUUUGUGUAACAUUUGCUUAAAAAGCGUGGCUCGUGCUAUAAAUCUGUCAAAUUUCGUAACAGGAGAUAUCAUUUAUACAUGUCUUCCAUGGGAGGCUUCUAGAAACAUGUUUUAUAUCGUACUUGUCACCUGAAGUAAUACAACGUUAUUAACUACUUAUGACCAUGGGACGUGACUAAUACUAAAUUAAAAAAAGUAUUUAAUAAUUAGUUACGUUCUAUUAAAACGUGCUGUAGGUUGAUCUAAUAAGUACCUUCUUUUAAUUAUUUGGUACUUAUAACAGAUGAAGAAGCUUGAAACUAAAAUGAAAUAACACAGUGACACAAUCUAGUUAUUAUAUAGAUGGUUAUUAAAUUUUAAAUUGAAUUUAAUAUUUCUAUUUAGAUGGUAACGUUUGAUAAAUUUACUGUUGACAUUUAACAGAAAAACUGUAUAUUUUACUAAUUUUUUAUAGCGUUCAGAUUAUAUCAAUUUUCACGCAAUACUUUCUAUCAAAGGUACCGUAAUGUAGAUAUAAAAAACUAGAAGAAAUGAAUUAUAAAUUGGAUUAGCAAACGGCUAGCGGCAUAUCUUGUUUGUUAGAAAAAAACAGGAAAAAUUGAAGACUCGAUCUGUUGAUCUGAUCCUCCUACAGCAUAUGCCUAAAUUUAUGACGACUUGUUAUAGACACAAAUCUUAUUCAAGUCGUGAUCCGAAGCUAGUCCAGCAUACAAACUGUAUUUAAUGUCUUUGGCAAAUGAAGCCAUUUUAAGUCAUGUGAUCAUCCAAAACCAGCCAUUAAUAUACAUUAAAAAACCUGCCGUUAUCAUUCGUGAGAAUUGAUCUAAAUAUAUCAGAAACGCCAAAUUCAUUUCGAGAUAAUCACCAACGUAUUGAUACUCUCUUUUCUCAUUUCUCUACAUUUUUAUAUUUUUUAAAUGUCUCUGUAAAACUUUUUAGUUUAGUGAUACAAUUGUGUAUUGGCUUUCGAACGGUACAAAAUAAGUGUUAGCGUUAAUGAUGAUUUUUUUUUUUUUUUUUUUUUUAAAUGUGUACAGUGUUUUAUGUGAUAGAUAGAAAUUUUAUUAAAGAAAAAAAAAGUUUUUAAGUUAAGUAUAUUAUAAUUGGUAAUGAAAGGGUAGAUUUAUAUUUUACUUAACUUGUUUAACGAGCUUCAAGAGAUAAACUAAUGUGUAAUGCCACGUGCGCGUUUAUUUACUAUGAAGAAACUAUUAAGUCGUGAUCAAAGUUUAGGUUUCAAAACUUCAAAUUUUGAAUAGUAUUAACACUGAAAUUAUACGAUUUUUCACUGAGCAUUCUGGAAGAAUAAAGCAAAGAGUUUUCAAAAAUUUAUCUACAAACGUCUUCCUUUUACAAAUUUGAUGAAUACAUUCAAUUUAUACAAUGUGUUCCUUUUGUAAUGUUAUAAGUUUCACUCUUACCGACUCUAUUAUCAUAUAAUUUAGUGACAGUUAUCAUCGCUUACGCGUUUCUCCGUUUAUAUAUCGAUUUUAUACAAUUUUUUUAUACAUUUAAUUUAUAGGCUUAAUGUUCGAACGCAUUAAAUUCACUUUCUUUUUUUAUAACUCUUUUAAGGGUAAUAUUUAACAUUGAACAGUGUGAAUGUAUGAGAAUUAUCAACGCUUGAAUAUUUUCUGAGAAAAUAAUUACAAUUACAUUUCAAAUCCCUUUUGUUGAUAAACUAGUAACAUUAGAAUCUACAUUUAUCAGUAUAUUCCUUCCAAAGUACACUUAACAAAUUAAUUAUUUUGCAUUGAAACAGUUAAGAUGGAAGUUGUUUCAGAAGGAAAAAUGGCAUUACGUAUAAAAGAUCUCUCUAAAAAAAAAAGAAAAAAGAAACAUGAAUUUCACGUACGUUUUCAAAUCCGCAAGAAAGCCAGUACCUGCUUGCUUCAAUGGAACAUUAAUUAACGACUGGUUGAUAUUAUAAAAGUCAUUCUUCCAUGAUUGUAUAUAUAAAGCACUGUCAUGACAAUUUAUUAAUAAUAUAGUGGAUCAUGACCAACUAGUCAAAUGAAUUUCUAUAAGCACAAAUAUUUAUUAGAUAUCUAAUAUUCAUUUGAUAUUUCUGUCCUUACAUGGAAAAGCAAUAAUAAUUACAAAGUUUCUUCUCAUUAAGUAGAAUUGAAAGGAUUUAUCGAUGUUUUCGUCAAAUUGUUAGGUUCAUCGUUAAUUAAUUUCGUGUUUCUUGGAUGAUCCACGUACUAAGUAUAACUGCAGAAUGUUGAUGCACAAUAUGCAUACGUUACGGGUACUUUUCAAUUUACACGAUACUUGUAUUCAAAGUGCGAUUGUUUUUUAUUUAAAUUAUUCAUACGUAGAUUUUGGAAAUUGAAAUUAUCAUUUCAUUUGUUUACAAGGCUGUCUUUAUUUCACACUGUAAAAUAACAGAGAAGGAUCAUUUUUGCUUAUAAUAGAUUAAAAGCAUAUCAAUACAAAAGUCGUGUAACUCUGAGAAAACCUUCAUCAUCUUCUUCUUCUUCUUUUCUUUUUUUUUUUUCUAUUUUAUUACACAAACAGUGCUGAUACUUUUCAUUUUUAAACCUACAUAAAUUUAACAGUUUUUAAAAUUUAAUAAUUCACUGAUGUUGACAAUUAAACUAUAGAGGGACAAUAUGGUUACUUUAAUUUUAUAUUGAUGCAUCUUUGUAUUAGGUUUAUGAAGGAAACGAUACAGUUUAUUUUACACACAUAUUAGAGUUCGUUAUUCCAUUAACGAUCAUCAUCUGACUGGUAUGGAAAUUUGUUUUAUAUUUAAAAUUAAUUCCUUUGUCGUUAAGAUAUCAAUCAGACUUGUGUCUAUGUUAACUUGUAUCAUUAUGUGCAUAAGCCCUUAUAAUGUAAUUGAGAAACAGUGUAAAUAAUUACUUAAAAAUAGACUAAACGCAAAGGAAAACUUACUGAAAAUUGUUUGGGCACUUGCGUAGCAUAGUCAAAGCACGUUACAUGAAAUUUGUUAGUUUAAUUUAUUUUAAGUGAAAGUUCUUUUAACUCAUUUAUGAUUUACAUCCUUUGAUACAACUUUUUGACUGCAAUCAUUCUGUAUCAGACGUAAAAUUGAAAAAAGAAAAUUACAUUGAAAUUGGCCACUAUUCGUUUCACAAUAGCAAUGAAACAGAAUCAGUAUUAUGAUUCAAGAAAAAAAGAAAGGCACCAUAAAUGGACUAAAAUUACCAUCUUGUAUCAAAUAAAAUAUAGUAACUUGUAAAUGAAGUAGAGGUCAUCUAUGAUAAUUCGUUGUUUAAUUAUUAGUUUAAACGGAAUAUUGUGUAAAUUAGAUAAAAAAAACAGUUAUUAAAUUUUCACUAGUUACCAUAUUUUAUUUAAUAUAUAUAUAUAUAGAUACACACACACACAUACACACAGUUUAGUGUAAUGGUGGACAGAAAUUGGAAUAAUACUUUAAUAUUAAAACAUAAAUGAGUUAAUUUGAUAAAAGUGUUGGAAAUGUUUGCGUUGCAGUUACAAAUGUUGUUUCAAGAAACGAGUGCUCUUUUUUUUUUUUCCUUUUUUUUCAACGUAUCGCAUUGUCAAGUGCACGUUAAGUACCUGAUCAGGGUGUGCCGUAAUAUUUUGCGGCUAAUAUACUUAUCACGGAUUUAAGUCCGGUGUAAGGCUGGUUUCACGAAUGAAUAUACUCUUGCUAUUUAAUUAAUUCAUAUUGUUUUUUGUAUUGAGUUAAUGUGAUAUAUUUUAUAGGCAUAUAUAUACACAUCAUACACGCGCGCGCGCGCACACACACACACGACUCAUACUGUACAUGUUCACUUAAUUUCCUCAUAUAUAGCAUAUACACGUACAUUUAACCGUUCGGUGGAAAAAGAUCAGCGUAGCAAUUGUAUUUUACAAUUCGUAAGAGGCAUCGUAUCUUUCGGAUUAUAUCCACUUUAUAGUGAAAUCGCAAGAUUGUUUGAAGCGUACUAAGAGAACUUCUCUGUGACAAUAACGACACAUUGCUUUUGUUAUAAAUUUAAUUUAUAUAUUUCGUACGAGGAAUUUUUUUAUGAAAGUACCUAUUUUCUUCUUUUGUUUU